CUCUCAGAGAGCCAGACCAACAUGGCUCGGCUGGUGAGCUCUGUCAGUGACGUCCUCGACACGCUGCAGAAGGAGCGCGGUGGAGCCCGGCCUCGGCUAAAGGCUGACCUGCAGCGAGCACCGGCCAGGGGAGCGCGGCCCCGGGGCUGCUCCAACGGCUCCCGGCCCCGAGACUGCUUUGACAUCUAUGUGAGCGGACAGCAAGAGGAUGGGAUUUACUCCAUCUUCCCCACGCACUAUCCCUCCGGCUUCCAGGUCUACUGUGACAUGACGACCGAUGGGGGUGGCUGGACGGUGUUCCAGCGGCGGGAGGACGGCUCCGUGAACUUCUUCCGUGGCUGGGAAGCCUACCGGGAUGGCUUUGGGAAGCUGACAGGGGAGCACUGGUUAGCUUUCUACCACGGCGCCUGGUGGUACCGCACCUGCCACACCUCCAACCUCAACGGGCAGUACCUCAAGGGCCACCACAGCUCCUACGCCGAUGGCAUCGAGUGGUCCUCCUGGACCGGCUGGCAGUACUCCCUCAAGUUCACCGAGAUGAAGAUCCGGCCUGUCCGGGAGGAGAAUUAG